AUGGAGUCGCACGUCUGUCAGUUUCUCGACUUGCCUUUUGAGCUUAGGCUCAUGAUAUGGAAGUUGGUCUUACGACCGCUAGACCAUAACCGCCCUGGUGCUCACUUCUUUUCCGUGGUCAACAGAGCGGAUGGCGUCGAGGCGAGAAGACUCAGUGCUCGAUGCCCAAUCUAUGCUGAUAACAAUCAUUGUUCCGGCUAUCAUCUUGCAGCGCCCAAGUUUGAUUCCAACGAUGGCGGCCAUUCUUGGACGAAGAACAAUCCAUCUGCAUACGCCUGGGAUUUUGGCAUGUGGACUGCAUGCAGAGAGUCUCGGCAAAUCAUCAAAGCACAUUACGGGAAAGAAGACUGGACUACGAGAACCCGAAGGAGCUCUUCUUCCAGACCCUCUAUGUACUCUUAUAACCAAAGCUGCAUUUCACUCACUACAUCAGGGAAUGGUGAGAAAUGGCGCUUCCGUAUUCACCCAAAGCAAGACCUGGUGUGUCUCCAGGCAUUUGACCCAAGCACCAUCAGCUGGUGGGAGAAUGAUGACGGCGGGGACAUUUGUGUUGCUAUGAAUGCUUACAACCAUUUCCAUUUUCCGAAAUUAUUUCGCUUUGGCCAUGUGGCGAUAGCAUAUGACCCCAGCUGGUAUAAUACCGAUGAGGAAAAUGACAAUUUCAAUUUCGGGCAUCUUUAUGCAGAGCAAAGUGCUCGAGGCUUCUUCAUACGCACUCUUGCCACUAUCGACGACUGUGUUCACUGCUUUGGAGGUAACGACAAACACAAGGCUCUUUGGCUUAUUGAUUACAAUUUGAAGCGAGUUCGCUAUUGCAACAAGAGCAGUAAAGAGAGAAAAGUCUUUUACGGCAAUGGCCAGAAUUUCAUGGAGGUCGAAUAUUGGUUAUCUAGAAAAACCUUCUCGUCUGGCCGAUACACUUCGGCGUUCGACUUUCUGGAUAAACUCUACAGGCUACUCGAAGGCGACAGACCUUGCCACUAUAUACAUCACAGAAUUGGCGCAACCGGCUGUAAUGUGUGUAGGGGAAACGACUAUAAUCCCAGAUCUUACCUAAUCUAUCGUCAGGUUCGUGUGUUGAUGUGCGAGGAGAGCACAUGA